GGCGGAGAGAGAGAGAGAGAGAGGCGGAGAGAAGGCUGAACUGUAAGAACUGAAAGAUCUGUAGAGCAGCGCUCCGAUGUUCCUCUCGGUUGGUUUUCAGUGAAUACCCGUUAACUACUGCUCCCUCUUCUCUUCUCUCUCUUUUUUUUAAAUUUCCACUUCGACCCUGUUUGGCAUCACAAGUGAGAGGUUUGAUAAAGAACCGAGGGCGCUCAGCUGACACUUCUGGCGAACGGAUUUUCCCCCUUUUUGAUUUCUUCGUUUUGUUUUCUGCUUUUGGAUUAUUAUUAUUAUUUUUUUCUCCAGGAGAUGGCAAGUUGUUCCCUGACAUACGCACGGGUCUGGUGCUGAAGCUCGCGGGAUGCUGGGGUCCCUACAACAGCCACAUCUCUCACUUUGAGACAAGCUUCGCUUAUAUUUUUAUCUCUUUUGGACGUAACCCCCCCCCCCCGGACCUUUCCGUUUGUCUUGAUUUUCUUGAACAGAAUGUCGGUGUUGUACAGUCUAAGGAUGCCUUGUGGAUUGCUAUUGUUCCUUUUCAGCCAGGUCCUCUUGGUUGCUUCGUUGACUCAGACUGAUAAAUGCGGGGGGAAUAUAGAGAUCCACACGGCGGACUACCUGACCUCCCCGGGCUACCCCGGCGCCUACUCGCCCUCCCAGCAGUGUGUGUGGGUGAUAACAGCCCCCGAGCCCGGGCAGAAGAUCCUCAUCAACUUCAAUCCACAUUUUGAUCUGGAGGACCGAGACUGCAAGUACGACUACGUGGAGGUUUACAACGGCGGAGACGAGCUCUCAACCAUGUUGGGAAAGUUUUGCGGGAAGAUUGCACCGUCUCCGAUCAUCUCCAGCGGCAGCCAGCUCCUCAUCAAGUUCGUCUCUGACUACGAGACACACGGGGCGGGAUUCUCUGUGCGCUACGAGGUCUUCAAGACAGGCCCAGAAUGUUCCAGGAACUUUACAGCUCCCAGAGGCGUCAUCAAGACACCGGGCUUCCCUGAGAAGUACCCCAACAACCUGGACUGCACCUUCAUGAUCUUCGCCCCCAAGAUGUCUGAGAUCAUGGUGGAGUUUGACAGCUUCGACAUGGAGCCCGACACCACGCCGCCGCCAGGCGCCCUCUGCCGAUACGACUGGCUGGAGAUCUGGGACGGCUUCCCAGCAGUGGGCCCCCACAUUGGCCGCUACUGUGGCCAGACGUCCCCGGGCCGUGUGAUCUCCUACACAGGCAUCCUGUCCAUGACCAUCACCACUGACAACGCCAUCGCCAGAGAGGGAUUCUCCGCCAACUACACCAUCCGAGAGAGGAGCCUCCCUCCGGGAUACGAGGAUGAGGAUUUUGCUUGUAUGGAGCCACUGGGCAUGGAGUCGGGGGAAAUUUCCUCAGAGCAGAUCACUGCCUCCUCCCAGUAUAACUCCAACUGGUCCCCUGAACGCUCGCGCCUCAACUACCAGGAGAACGGCUGGACGCCCUCUGAUGACACCGUCAGGGAGUGGAUUCAGGUGGACUUGGGAUUUCUGCGAUUCGUCACAGCUAUCGGGACACAGGGAGCGAUCUCCAAAGAGACCAAGAAGCACUACUAUGUCCGCUCCUACAAAGUGGAUCUGAGCUCCAAUGGAGAGGACUGGGUCACCAUGAAGGAGGGCUCCAAGCAGAAGAUCUUCCAGGGGAACCACAACCCGACAGACGAAGCUCGCUCCUUCUUCCCCAAACAGACUCUGGCCCGCUACAUCCGCGUGCGCCCCAUGUCCUGGGAGCAAGGCAUCUGCAUGCGCUUUGAGAUCUACGGCUGCAGAACGUCAGACUACCCCUGUUCAGGGAUGCUGGGGAUGGUGUCAGGCCAGAUCUCAGACGCUCAGAUCAGCGCUUCGUCGUACGCCGACCGGGGCUGGGUGGCUGAAAACGCCCGCUUGUUGACGGGGAGAUCGGGCUGGACCGGGCAGCAAACCAAGCAGCCCUUCAGAAACGAGUGGCUACAGGUGGAUCUGGGCCAGGACAAGAUGGUGAGCGGCGUGGUGAUCCAGGGAGGGAAACACCGCGACAGGAACGUCUUCAUGAAGAGGUUCAGGGUGGGACACAGCCUGGACGGAGAUGAGUGGACCAUUGUUAAGGAGGACAACACCACCAAGCCCAAGAUAUUCAUCGGGAAUCAGAACCACGACACCCCAGAGCUGAGGUCCAUGGGUCCCCUGCUGACCCGCUUCGUCAGGAUCUACCCGGAGAGAGCCACCAACGAGGGCCUGGGCCUCCGCCUGGAGCUGCUGGGCUGCGAACUGGAUGACUUUACAACUACAGCCCCUCCCACCACGGCCAUCGUCUCUACACUUCCCGUGACCACGUUUGGAGCGACCACCACGGCGCCCAUCACCGUCCCCGGCACCACCCUGUCCCCAGUCUGCGAGGAAGGACACCAGGACUGUGGCGGCGAGACCGAGGCUCCCAACGACUACGACACAGUGACGGCAGGAGGCCCCACAGCGGCAGACCCCAUCAUGGACUUCAUACCAGAGUACGUGUGGUUCGCCUGCAACUUUGACUUCUCGUCAUUCUGCGGCUGGACCAGAGUGACAGGGACGGGGGCCGAGUGGCUCAUCCAGACCAACAGGGCUCCCAGCAUCCACAGAGGCCCCGCCCUUGACCACAUGGGCGGACCGGGGAACUUCAUCUACAUGCAGCUGGGGGACACAGACGCACCGAGUAAAACAGGCGAAGAUGACAACGAAGGUGAAGAGGGGAAGGUGGCGAGUUUAGCCAGCCUGCCCAUCACGGCGCCGGACGCCGACCUGUGCAUGUCCUUCUGGUACCACAUGUUCGGGGAGCACGCAGGCGCACUUCACAUCAAGCAGAGGAAGGAGGCGGAGGAGGGGCACAUCAUGUGGACGCUCAGCGGUCACCAGGGCAACCGCUGGAGGGAGGGACGAGUCCUGCUGCUACGCUCCAGUGUCUCAUACCAGGUGGUUGUGGAGGGCGUGGCAGACAGACACAGUGCAGGUCACAUAGCUGUGGACGACAUCCAGAUCAUAGAUGGACUCAAUGCUGAGGACUGCAAGGAUCCAGAAGCCCCUACGUCUCCGCCAACUGAGAUCUUCAUCCUACCGAUGGACUCCCUCUCGCAGGAGACCAGCGAGCUUGGGGGCCCAGGCAACAUGCUGAAGACCCUGGACCCCAUCCUCAUCACCAUCAUCGCCAUGUCAGCGCUGGGCGUCUUCCUGGGCGCCAUCUGCGGCGUGGUCCUAUACUGCGCCUGCUCGCAGGGCAGCAUGACGGACAGGAACUUAUCUGCCCUGGAAAAUUAUAACUUUGAGCUGGUGGAUGGCGUGAAGCUAAAGAAGGACAAGAUGAACGGACAGACUAACUAUUCGGAGGCGUGAGGGGGGGGCAGAGGGACGGAGCUGCGAUUGCUCCGCUUGGACACGUGAUUCAGUCAAUCAAGUGGGAGGAACACAGGGGCUGAAGCCACCAAUGGGACGGCAGGGUGGGCUGAAAGUGAGCCAAUGUCAUUUUUUUUCUCAGGAGCGGCAGUGGAAGGGACUGACCUGUAGGGGGCACUGUGUAUAAAGAAUCUGUACAGCAAAAGAACAAAAAAGACGAAAACUAAGAUGAUUCUAAUAGUUUUUUCAGCGUGCUUUGUUGAUUUCAUGUAAUCACAUGCUGGUGUUGAGACCAAUUCAGAUGAAGGUAUCAUUUGUGUACUUAUUGAGAGAUAUGAUUUUUUUUUUUAAUUCUUUUUUUGACGUCAUAGUUUCACAGAAAGAACGAAGUAUGUGGAAUUAUUUGCUACUCUGAUAUCUGGCUCUUUAGCUGGCCGUGUGUGUGUGUGUGUGUGUGUGUGUGUGUGUGUGUGUAUGUGUGUGUGCUACGUGUAUACAUGUGUCACAUUCAUAUACAUCUGCAUUUCAGGUGUGUGUGUGUCGUUCAGUCUAGUAUGUGCAUUACACUCAUGUUUAUCUGUAUACAUGAAGUGUGUGCAUGUGUGUGUGUGUGUGUGUGUGUGUGUGUGUGUGUGUGUGUGUGUGUGUGUGUGUGUGUGUGUGUGUGUGAGAGGGCGGGUACUAUGGUGACCCGUUGUCCACUUCCAACAGUGCCUUUUUUUUUUUUUUUUUUCUCCAGUUUUUCUGUUGCCUUGUUUUUCUGCUGGUUGUUUUUUCAUUGGCUGGUGUUCCGUCCGUCCAGGGUUCCUACACACACACACGUGAGGAAAAGUCCGGAAACUUUGCCAGUUUGUGAUUAUACAGCUCCAAAUUGUCGUGUUGUAGCAGUAUACUGUCAAAUAUCACGCGUGUCGGUGUGGAUCUGAAGAUCUUCUCGCCUCGAUGACUUCUCGUUGUAAAGACACAUUCAAAGGUUUAAAUCCAAGUUAGGCAGUUAUGGUUUUGGAAAGCUUUGGAAAAAAAUGAUGGAAUUUUAGAAUGGAAAAUGUGUAGGAGCCCUGAAUGCCUCAUGUUCAUGGCACAUGACACAUCCAACAUAUUGUACAUAGCUUUUAAUAUAUUUGAGCGCCCUUUUUCUAUAGAAAAAGACACUAGUGCCGCAGUAUCCUUUCUGUGUUGGAAUUAAACUUGCCCUAAUCUCUAAAAUGUACAGAAAAAUAUUUCUUUUAACAGGCAGAGACACAAACCUGUUGUAUGUGUUUCUUUAACAAAUGUGAUCUGGCACGACAUUGUGUGAUUUUUUUGUUGUUGUCGUCGUUUAGUUUCCGUUUGUGCUCCGGGAACAGGAAGGUUUCUGCAACCAUGGAAACGGCUUUGAGAUUAUGGAGGGAUGCCUCAGAAAUGCCUCAUGGGAAGCGGUGUUUUUGUACAGGGUAAAACAGACAAACUCAGUCCACUGGGAUGCUGACAGCUAGUCAAGGAUGGAUCAUUCAUGGGAUUGAAAUAUAUUUUCAUCGCUAGCAGGUAACGUGUCUCACUGGCACACAGAAAGACUGUUGAGCCUUGGACCUGAAGUGUGUCCAGCUGCCAGAAAGACAUCUUUUUAUUGAGGCUGACAGGAUGUGGCGGACCCUGCUAAUUCUUACUACCCUGACUGAAAAACUAAGAACUAAUGUUUGCCAUGACAAUGCUGUGCUCUCUGUCAGUGUUUUUAUCUUGUGUCGUCUAUCAGAGAAGGAUCAAAAUGAUGUUUAAAAAAAAA